AUGCCUCCGUCCACCACGUCGGCCGAGGUCUCGACUGCUCCGCUCGCCGAUUACUUCUGGAUUGCCGGAGUCGAUGGGAGUGAGAUCCUCGAUACCUUCCGCAAGCUCGGGGAGGAUUAUAAGACCAGCGGGGCUGCGGCCCCUGUCAGUACCGAUACCAUCGAGGAGGAUGCCGACGCAGAGGAGGCGCACGACUCGCGCCCGCCGUCCAUGGGGGGUUUGCGGGCGUCUUACCAGCAGCUCUUCUCCAAGUUGUCCGCCGAUCCGCGACUGUCCACUCGCUCGGGGGACCCGUUCGGUCAGAAUGGCGGCGGCGGCGGCGGCGGUGGUACCAACAGCAAUCGCAGCAGUCUGUCUACCAUCAAGGGCACUCAGUCGCCCCGAGGCUCCUCCUUCUUCACCGAAGAUUUCGACUUUGACAAGGCUCUGCUGAAGUUUGCCUCGGAGCGCGAAUCGUUUCUCUCCGAUCUGAGUCUCAGCGCCGGCGCCAUCACCCCGCAGCGGCCGCGGUCCCGACUACGCACCCAGAAGAUCGUCUCGGAGGACCCGCCCUCGCAGUCGGCCAGUCUGCUGCGUUCGGGCAUCGGCAGUGUGCGUCGACAUAUGGCGUUUAGGGACAUGAACAGCAUGAAGAGGCAGCCAUCGCUCGCGCGACAGGCAUCCGUGCGGACAUCACGACGCCUGAGUAACUACAACUCCGUCAUCCCUGCGCCGCAGCCGCUGGAAAUAUCGCCCAGCAUGCAUCCGCUCAAGCGCCGGUUCGAACCUGUCCUCCUCGACCGAUAUCCUCCCAAAGGCGUGCCAGAUGAGACCAAACAACGCGGCUCCUUUCCGGACUAUGUCCCCAUGUUUGCCUUUCCCAACGAUAUCAACAUCGUCUCGUCCGACCAGCGGCCACGCUCCACCUGGCACGGGUUUGUCAUGACCACCGACAACGGGUCGCGGUUACACGCCAUCUGCGUCAUCAUCUGGAUCCCCCUGAACCCGCACGCCGCCGAGGAAUUGGAGAAGCGCUGCGAGGAGUGGAGGAAGGACAACAUGACCGACGAGGAGAGAGAGCUGGCCGCCAGCCUGGGCGAACGCUUGGCCCUGGAGCGCGCCAAACUCUCCCGCCUUCUCGCUCAACUGCCCACCGUCCCCUCGGGUUCUGAAUCGCGCGAGCAGCUCGAAGAUGAGAUCAGCGCCGUCGAGGAGAAGAUCGGCCUCAUGACCGACCUCCUGCGUCCCGUGCGCCACGGUGCCGCCACCAAGAUCGAAGGCCUGACUGACGGCGACACGGGAUUCUGGAUCCCUCGCGCCUAUGGCAUCCUCGGCCGCGAAGGGACCAUGACCAGUUUCUGGAAGGAAUGGCUCAAAGCCGUCAUCGUCCCCAUGACGGAUAGUACCAUCCUCCACGUCCCAUCAAGCUCGCCUCGUGUCGGCGUCUGGCAGCCGCUCGAGCGCUAUGUCAUGAAUCUCUGCACCGAGGCCUUCUGCCCACUCUCCUCCAAGACCCAGGUCGAACUCGCCGUCAGAGAACUUCGUCUCUUUGCGCGCAAGGAAGCAGUCAACGAGCUUCCAAACGCUCGCAACACCGACCUGUAUGCUUUGUUCCGCACCUUAUCCCUACCCAACAUCAUGAUUCUUCUCGAGUACGCUCUGACCGAAUCUCGUAUAAUCCUGUUGUCUUCCCAUACCUCUAUGCUUCAUCUCGCGAGCAAAGCUCUGGUGGACCUGUUGUUUCCGAUUCAGUGGACAGGUGUACUGAUCCCCGUCCUGCCGGCUCGAUUGAUCCAAGCCCUCGAGGCACCUUGCCCCUACAUAGUCGGAAUCGAACGCCGAUAUGAAAAAGUCGAGCUGCCGUCGGAUGACUUCGUUCUUGUGGACCUCGAUCAGGAUAUGAUCGAGAGUACCGUCCGUCCGACCCCUCUGCCCCGUCAUCAACGUCGUAAACUCUUGUCUCUCCUACAGCUGGCCGCGCCGCAUCACAGCCGGUAUGGCGUUCGUGUCGGCCCGCCCGCGUAUGCGAUCGAAUGCUUCCCGUUCGACUUGUUCUCGUCGGAAAACCCAUCCAUCUUCAACUCCCGAGCGCAGCCCACCCAGCUGUCCAAAUUUGUCAGUCUCAACUCGAGCGCCUUUGGGCAGAGCGCCAUCCCGCCCGGCUCAUACCAACCGCCAAUAUUCAACGCCUACCUGCAUGCACGCAACGAACACGCCUCCUCGCGAGGAUACUCCUCCAAGGGAGUUGACCGGCCGGGGACCAGCUCCACCACCAAAACGAGUUCUCCGCCCUCCCCGCGGACCAGCUCUCCUACCUCGGGCCAUUUCCCCCCGUUGCCCAGCACUCCGGCGUCCCGCAACGACUCGGGAAUGGCCCUGCAGGCCUCACUGCGGGAGAAGCGAUCCGGUCAUUUUGACGCGGCGUCACGAAGGAGCUCCUCGUUCGGGGUGGACAUGCGGCAGGGUGUGGCCCGACGGCCCAGCGCCCCCUUCCUGGGCCACACGUCGAACCUGUCAGUAACCACGCUGAACACGGACUACAACCCGUCCUCGACGUAUGCCCCAUCCGUGUAUGCGCAGUCGACCAUUGCGGCAUCGACGAUCGUGCCGCAGGCGUACGCCCAGCCGGUACAUAACUCCGAGGGCAUCUGCUGGGUGGAGGGCCACUGCUUACAGCUCUACCCGUGGGAUGAGAAGCACACGUGCGCCAUCUGCGACGAGCGGGCGGAGGAGGGCAUGUUCCGAUGCACGGCCUGCAAGACCACGGUGCACAACCGAUGUGCGAACCAGAUCUGUCUCGUGUGCCCGGCGGCCUUCCAUCCGGAGCAGAUCCGCGCCGCGUUUGUACGCUGCUUUGCCAGUCUCUUCUACACCUACAAGAAGUUCAUGCAGCCGGCGUCGGGAGACAAGAAAAAGGCCGGGCUCACGUAUAGUUUCAACAUGGAUGCGUUUAUGAAAAGUCUGCCGAGCGAGCAUGCCGAGUAUAUUGGAGUGUUGCAGCAAACACAAGCAGGCUUCAACGAGUUUAUCUGUGAGCGAGAGCGCGUAAACCCGAAAUCCAAAGACCCCCGCCUCAUCUUGUUCGACGAGAUCAUCCUCUCCAAACGCAACCGUGGCCGCUCAUCGAUCUUCUCCGGCCGAAGCAUGACCGACUUUCUCUCUGAUACGUCCAACCACCUGUGGCGGACGGCCAGUGCGAGCUCGUUCCCGUCAAGUAGCCGAAGCCAACACAAUCUGUCUGGGGACUAUUCUCAAGUCGUCACCAGAGCCCCAGCCAAAUUAGACCCAAGUCUCAUGAAAGAACCCCGCAUGGUUCACGGAGCCCCCCGGGUCUCCAAGACCACCAACAAUGCCCGCAGGAAACCACUUCCGAAGAUGAUGAACGGCCUGGCUAUCUCACCUCCUUGA